AUGGCGCCCAACCUUGUCACUCACCCAAACCCCUGCCCCAACCCAAACAUCCCCCCCUUACGCUUGGAGACUGAAGACAUUCCCAUCGCCAAGAAUCAUCCUCAGUACGACCACGCCCUCGCUGCCAUCACGGCGUACUGGCGCCAAGCAACAAACAUGGCGCUCUCCGAUCAACAGGAAUACCGCGAGCUCGUGGCUUCGUCGGCGUUUAUUGUUCCCAAAUCAGCGAAAGGCGCGCCGAGCCAGCACAAGCUGUACAAAGCCAUCAAGAAUAACCCAACCUGGGCGCGAUACGUUAUGUUUAAUGCCAUCUAUGGCAAAGUCAAGUCUGUGGCAGAGCAUGUGAAGACGGUACAUGGCUCUGAUGUGAUGAAAAACUUGUUCAACGAAUACUGCAAGCACCAUCCCUGGCAAGAGCGUCUCAAGAAGCGUCGAAGCGACUCGAUCGCUGAAGGUCAACCUCCGAGUAAGAAGCAUGCUGAAGCCCCUGCUUCGUCCAACUCGGUGGUCGGUUUUUCUGGAAAGGUAGCAAUCAAGAAUGAACUUUCAGAGUCAAAGAGUCAAGAUCUUCACGGAUUCGCCAAGGUAGAUCAAAAGCCCAUGAUGGCGCCUGUGUCGAACGAGAACAAGCUCGCCCUACAUCAACGGAGCGACUCUCCUCUUUUUGCUCGGGGCAUCAAGACACUGUCCCAGAAAGCGGCAGAGACCGACAGAGCAGACGAGAUACUGCGCGAACUCAUUCUCAUUCGAGAGAAUCAAGUCAAGCAGACUGAGAAGGCGGACCAAAUACUACGCGAACUCGCGCUCAUUCGCGAGCAUCAAACCAAGGAGGCUGAGAAGAAGGGAAAGGCUAUGGCGAGGGUGGAGGGCUCCAUUGCCGAGCUCACUUCCCGUGUCAAGGUCGUAGAGGAUGUCCAACUGCUGCUGCAGAAGAAUCCAUGA